AUGGAGAAGCUGGAGGCAACAGAACACAAGAACCAUGUGACUUCUGAGCGUAUGAUCACUCAGGACGAGGACUCCAACGGCUCGGAUGUUUACCUCCCCGAGGUGCCGCUCGACCAGGUGCCAAAGGCGCCCUUUGAACCGGCUACCAUACCUGACCUACCAAGCAUGACGCUGGACAAAUUGGCAGCGAUCGAGGGACAGUUGGCAAGUGAAUUUGCUUCACUUUCAAAAGAGUACGUUGAUGCUCGAGCGGCGAGAAUUGACCAUUUGCUUAAAUUAAUAGAUGAGCUGAUAUCGGCUGCAGAUGGUCAUGACCGUCUGUGGACAAAGAUAUAUAACGAGGAAACAAAACACCUCGAGCACAUGAUUGCUGCUCCGGAGCUAUAUUUGCUUGGAUACAUUCCGGAUAGGAUGAGUGACGACGACUUGAAAGAACUGCUAUCGCAGGUUGUUGCGCCGCGAGACCUUGACGAUAUCAGAGCUAGAAGUGAGAAUCUUCCGUUUGCUCACUACUUUAAGAAAAUAUUCCAACCUUACGAAAAACAGCUAGAUGCCCUGCGAAAUCAUUACGACUAUCAAAUUAAAAUGAUAGACAACAAUGUGAAGCAAAACCAAAUUAUCGUUUGGAAGAGGUAUCAAGAAGAUCUCCUUGACCAGCGCAAUGCUCUAAUAGAAAGGACCAACCACGAGCUUUCCAAACUUUACGAGGAAUAUCACGGCAUUAGAGCUAACCAGAUGGCCGCAAAUGACUGGGAUUAUUAUUUCAAAUCAGUAGUACCUAUACAAGACAUGGCUGAAGACGAGGAGUCACCAGAUGUGCAAGAACGACACAAGCGUGGCAACAUAGACUCAUACUACGAUAUCGACAAUCGCUACUUCAAGAAGAACAAGAUCCAGCUCACGAAAACCAAGUUGGAUGCUCUUGAACGAUGGCAGACGUUUGAGGCGCAGCAAGGUGCUCGUAAGAUCCCUCAGCGACCAGACGUAAAGGUCCGCCUCACAGAAUGUGAUGGACUAUCCCAAGAUGAAGUUGACGACGAUAUCUUGUUGAUUCGUAGCAGCAGGCUGCACGAAAAAGCCCUAGAGACCUUUCAGAUUCAAGAUGAUGCUCGGAGGACGAAGCAAACUAAUAAAUAA